ACUUUGCGUCGCGAACAAGUAGCAAGGACAAAGUAGCUGUUCCAGCGCCAUACAUCGCCCGUCAUGAUGUCUCUCUUGCUAGCGGUCUUUUUGCUGAACCUCGCCAUCCACCUCAUCAACACUCUUGGAGCAGCGACUCUCAACGAGCUGCUCUGGGUCCUCUACAACAAGCUCCCUACACCAACGGCAAAAGAUGCGCAAAACUCGGCACGACUGAAGAAGGAGGUGGUCCGCCUGAAGCGUGAGAUGAACGCUGUCAGUGCACAAGACGAGUUUGCCAGAUGGGCCAAACUGCGUAGAACGCACGACAAAGCUGUCGCCGAGUACGAGAAGAGCACAACCUCGGUUCAAGACACCAAAGCCAAGUUCGACAAGACGGCCAAUGUUCUUCGCUGGUUGGGUACAAACGGUAUGCGCUACCUGCUACAGUUCUGGUUCUCGCGUCAAGCACUUUUCUGGCUGCCGCAGGGCUGGGUUCCUGGCUACGUCGAAUGGCUUCUCGCAUUCCCCAGAGCACCCAAGGGCAGUAUCAGCAUUCAGCUUUGGGGCAUCGCGUGCGCCAGCGUUAUUUCCCUAUCGAGCGAAGCAAUCGUUGCUACCUAUGUGCUGGCUACAAAACGCCCCGACAUGAAGGCUGGCAAGCAAGAGCAGGAGCCCCAGGCAUUUAAGAACGAUGGAGCAACAACCACGUCGGCAGAUGGCGAGAAGGAAUUGUAAAUUCAGGCAGAGAGCACACAUAAGCCGUAGUGAUACCCAAGAGGAUUUUUGUACAUGAUAUGUCUCUCAACAUUUUGACGCAAGAUCUUCAAAGCAGAGCUCAGAAACUGCAACACGAGUGAGAUGAUCUUGGCAGAUCGUUGGGCUCAAUCUAGGCGU